UAUACUUAUAUUUGAUAUAUUGUACAAUCUAAGUUUUUGAAUAAUGACUGAUAUGAAGAGCUCCGGUAAAAAGUCUGUGCGAUUCGGUGGACAUCUAGCUGAUGUUAUAGAAGAAAAUAAAUGUGGAAUUCCUGAGAAUUACAUGCUGAUUGUACAACAAAUAGAAGACCCAUUAAUCAAAUCAAGUCAUCUCAGUGAAAUGUUGAAACAAUUUAUUGACAUUGUUAAUAUCCUUGAUCAGGAUCAAAAGAAAUUAGUUCAUCGAAUGCUGAGCAUAAGAUGGGUCAAUCGAGAAAAAGAAGUAAUCGAAUUAUUUCAGAAAUUUCUACUUGAACUUGUUGCUGCUAAUUCUGUUCACCAACUCCAAGUUUUGAACUGUCUUAUUACUCAUUUUAUUCCUGCAUCUUGCUUGUCUAAUCUCACAUCGUGUGAGACAUGUGUGCCCCAGGAAGAAAUAUUUCAUAUUAUCCAUGGCACAUUAAAGAAAAUUUUUACCCUUAUACCAUUGACAACUAACAUAGUUUUGCCACUUUUAGUUUCACAUUAUCCCUUUAUAAAAAAGGACAAAGAAGCAUUGGAUUGGUACAUCAAGAAUUUGCUUUUUCUGACUACAUACCGGGUUAACUUGCGACCGCAAAUCUUGGAACUUAUCAUAAGUAAAUCCUUAAAACUAGAUACACACUGUCCAAGAGAAUCUAUAAAGAAAUCAAUGACUUCUGAAGAACAUGAUUUAUUUGAAAUGGAAACUGAUAAUUCAAUGAAAAAAGAAGGUUUUGUUGACAAAUUGGAUAUUGUGAUGGAAACUCUACUUCAGUUCAUACAUGAUAUUUGUUAUUCAAAUGGGGAGUUAUCACUCCAAGCAGACACUCUAUUAAAAGAAUUAGUCUCUAUUUUUGACAAAGUGAUCCUUCCAAUUCAUGAUAGCAGUCAUAUUCAAUUCCUAAUUUUCUAUAUCUGCAGUUUUGAAAAAUCAUUUUCUGAGACUUUUCUCAACCAUUUAUGGAGAAAGGUUCAAGAUCCAAGUGCACCUAUGAUAUUACGACAGACGUCAUUGUCAUAUAUAGCUAGCUUUCUUGCAAGAGCAAAAUAUCUACAUUUGAAUUGUGUACUGACAAUACUAAAUGCGAUGACUGUAUGGAUACAUUGCUAUAUCAAAGAGAGAGAAGGUUUAUACGACUAUAUCGGACCUCUACAUGAAACUGUACGCCACGGAGCAUUUUAUAGUGCGUGCCAAGCUGUAUUUUAUAUUAUUAUAUUCAGGCAUAAACAGAUAUUAGACCUACCAAAAGGAUUUGAAAUAAUGCGCAAAUUCAAUUUAGAACAUAUUAUUAUGAGCCGUCUGAAUCCAUUGAAAUUUUGCAUAAGCACUGUGGUUGGUAUGUUUUCUUCACUAAUGAGACAACAUCAACUUGUCUAUUGUGACACAAUAAUAGAAAGAAACAACAGAAUGACUUUACCUGUGUGUGGUCAAUCAAAAAACUCUGCUUCGGUUAACCCACUUGAUUGCUUUUUUCCUUUUGAUCCAUAUUUGCUUAAGAGUUCAAGUCAUAUGAUUGAAGAAAUAUACCAAGAGUGGGAAGGCCGCGUACCAGAGCUCAAAGAUGAAUCGAGAGAUGAAGAUCAUCAUAUUGAUAAUGAGCUGAUGAGUGCAAGCCCUAUUUCUAUUCCAAGUAUAUUCUCUCAAGAUAAACAUUUUAUUGACUCAAUCAGUGGAAAGUCAAUGUCUCCUGGAUUUUCAUUAUUGAACAAGUCAUCGUUCUAAAGGAGCUAAAAGACACAUUAGUCAACUCCUAUCCUUUUACUUUGAUGGAAUUUUGUUUUAUACAAGUCAGAACUACGAAACAAGUAUUCCUGUACAUGCAUCCAAAGAAAAUCUUAUUUCUACAAAAUUUAUAAUACUUAUAUUUUCUGAAGUGAGAAAAAAGCAGUCUUUCAACCCAAUCUUUGAAAUAAGGUUGGGAUUUGAUUCUAAGUAUGAUUUUAAUAAUGGGACUGGUACCAUUAGUUGUACUGUCAAAAAAUUUGUUCAGACCAGAAAUAACACGUCAAAAUUUCUGAUUUUUUAAAUACAAAAUCAUAAGUAGAUUUAUUCGUGAUAAUUUUUUGUGUUGGUACAUUCAUUGUUUCUUUUCUGCUGCCAAUGUUGAUGAUCAUUAUGUGCCUGUUAUGAACUAUCUUUUUGUUUUCUUAUUUCUCUCCUAUUGCUCUCAUUAGGUUCUUUUUGUUUUCUGAACAGUUUGAGAUUUCAAUCACAUAAUUACUAAUGUUUGUUGCAUUUUUUCCUGCCAAAUCAUUGUACAACUUUUUUUUUGCAGA